CCGAACUUUAAAUAUAAACAUUGUAACAACAAAUUAUAAUCAUUAAUUUAAAUUGGAAAUUAAUUUAUUCUAUGGAAAUUUAAGAUUUCGAUUCUGCAAUCAGAAUUUUAAACGACUUAAUUUGUGUAUGGUUGAAAAUCUUUUAAGAAUUCGAGAAUAUCAUGAAUUAUUUUUCCCCGGGAAAGCACUUUCCGUUUUGAAGUUUUAAAUUACAAGACGAUAAAUGAAUCCUGUUUCUUUUGAUAAUAGGAUGCUGCACAUUUAUAUGAUUGUUAAUUUGUUUGUUUGAUGGAGAAUUUUAAGAAAAUCAAAAAAAUUGGUGAAGGUGGCUUUGCUGAUGUUUAUGAAGCAAAAUAUCUUGGUGAAGAAAGAUGUUUUAAAGAUCAUGUAGCUAUAAAAAUAAUAAACAAAAAUAGUGCUACUUGGAGACAGCAUGAAAAGUUUGUGAGACAAGAAAUCGAAAUCCAUAAAGGUCUUCAGCAUGACAACAUUGUCAAGCUUCAUCAAUAUUUUGAGGAUCGGAACACAAUUUCACUGGUCCUGGAACUAUGCAGUAAUGGUUCAUUACACGAUUUUAUGAAAAAAAGAAAGCACCCUUUUGAUGAAUAUGAUGCAUAUAAAACUUUUAAGCAAAUUGUUGAUGGAGUUAUGUAUUUGCAUAGUAAGUGUAUCAUUCAUCGAGAUCUGACAUUGAGAAAUAUAUUAUUAACCAAAGAUAUGAAAGUGAAAAUUGCUGAUUUUGGUCUCUCAACAGAUUCAAUUCAACCAGACAUAAAGAAAUAUACUGUAGUUGGGACACCUAAUUACAUGCCUCCAGAAAUAAGGAAAAAUAAAGGUUAUGGUGAUAAAGUUGAUUGUUGGUACUUGGGUUGCAUCUUGUAUGCUCUUCUUGUUGGAAAACCACCUAAGGAUUUGAAUAAAAUUGAUUAUCCUGAAGAUAUAAAACGAGAUGCUAGGGAGCUAUUGAAGGCUCUGCUGACAAAGAAUCCUACCAAUAGAAUCUGCAUUGAAGCUGUACCUGAAUCCCAAUUUUUCAAGAAGUAUGAAAGAAACAAAUCAGAGACUGAAGAUAGUGGCAAUGGAUCUAGAAACUAUAUUUCAUCUCCAACAGAAAGGGAGAGUCAUUUGAGAUCUCAUGAUAGUGGUUUCAACUCCAGAAAUUCUGCACAGGCUUGGAGCAGGAAAAAGUCUUAUUCAGCAGAAAAAUUAACAGAAAGACCAAAUUUUGAUUUACUCAAAGAUAAAUUAAAGCCAUUACCUUCACGAAGGAAAGAUUUUUUGAGUUAUGAUAACCAUGCUCAUUACCGAGAACGUAGUGCUUCUGAAGAUAGGAAAUCUUACAAGCCAUUGAGCUACAAUAAUGCACUGCAGCCAGCAUAUAGCAAUAGUCGUGAACGGAGUGCAUCAGCAGAAAGAGAACGGCUUGAGAAUUUAAAAAUAUGCUACCAUCAUGAUUAUGAAAAUACUUAUCAUAUUAAUUCUAGAAGUCAAGAAAGGUGUAAAAGCAAUGAUUGUGUCAACAAUUCUUCUUGGAAAACUCACCAGAAUUGUAAUCCUGAACCAACACAGCAUUGUAAUGAUCCCAGCUGUAGAUUCAGCAAUACUUUACUUGAAAGCCAUCCUAAAGUUUACCCUUCCACUUGUAGUCAUGUUGGUUUAUGUGAUACCAAGUGCUCUCACAUUGGAUCUUGUUGCUGCCAUUCUCAUUCCUACCAGAAACACCCCAUUUCAAAUGGUAAUAACACAGAAAACCCUGAAAAAUUUAGUGAACACACUCUGGAGCGACAAACUUCUCCACUAAAUGCUGCUAGGCUUAGGCCUAAAAGACAUAUGAUAAAAGAACUAAAUACUGUAUUGCAUAUUUCUACUGACCAACAAGUCAUUGUGGAGGUUCUAAAAACUAAAAAAGAAAAGAUGUUUGUAACUGAAGUUUUCAUUAUUUCCACAGAUGGAAUGAAAAUAAAAAUGUUUAAGCCACCAAAGAAUACCCCCUUGGAUGAUAAUCAUCCUCCUCCUCUUCCUGAUGAUCCUAAAGAAAUUAAACAUUAUAAUUAUCAGAAUUUUCUUAAGACUUACUGGAGGAGAUAUUUGCUAGCAAAGAAGUUUGUGGACACUUUAAGAGCUAAGACACCAAAACUUAUUAAUAAUGGGGAGAAUGCCAAAUUUUAUGUAAUGGAAAACUCUCCUGAUCCUGUUUUUAGGAUGGACUUUUAUGAUGGUGGCAGUGUUGUGAAAAAAGGCAAUAAGAUAUAUAUAACUAAGUUUGAGAAAAAAUGUGUUAUAUCAGAUCCUGAAUAUUUGGACAAGAAUUUCAAUGAUAAGUUUGAUAGAAAAUGUGUUGUAUCAGACCCUAAAUAUCUAGACAAGGAUUUCAAUUCAAUGCUGGAAGAGUUCCAAAUUGAGAAAGAAAACUGUGAAAAGAUAGUGGCAUUUCAUGAAUCACUUAAAAUACCCAAUUUCCCGAUAGUAAUUGGCAUGGUAAAGAAUGACUUAAUUUGUUCAGAACAAAAAGCUAGGAAAGAAAAUAUUGCACCACCUGCUUCUGGAAACAAUAAAAGAAAUUGGAGAUAAAUACUCUUGAUGGAAACUCCUGUUUGUCUGAAGAAAAAUACCUGAAAAAAUAUAUGUCUGGACUCUUCUACAACUGAAGAAAGAACAAGACAUAUGAGUUUGACAGAUAUCAAAACAUGUUUCAAAAGUCGUCUAAUACUCUGAAAUAGUAAUAUACUAUGGGUGAGAUGAACUUUGGGGAGAAAAAUGAGUUUGUUUGUGGAAAGCAUAAGCAAGAAGUUUUUACUUAGAGAGUUGUAAAUUUGUAUUAAAGAAAAUAUGGUACCUUUCAACUCAUUUUGUUGUACAUAUUCCUUUCAUGUUGUUUUUAUGGGCUACGAGACUGAGAUUUUCUUAGAAGUGCUCCAAGAAGAAAAGCAAAACA